AUGAACUAUGGUAAUACAAUAUUUAUCUGUAUGUUCUUAAUUGUCUCGGGACAUCGAGAAUCAUUUGACACAAAAUGCAAACGUAGUUGUAAUACUCAAAAAGGUUCAACUGAAUGCUGGAAAACAACAACAGAUGGUUUUGCUACCGGUUUAUCAGCUGCUAUGAUUGAUUUUUGUCAAGUAGUAUUGAAAGUUCGUUCUCUUACCAAUGAAACAGAAUCUUGGUAUGGUAUUAGUCGGGAUAUACUUACAAAACAAAUUGAAGAAUAUGAACAUGAAGACGGAGUUAGACAAUUAUCUAAAGAAGAUAUUAAACUAAUAGCAAUAUCAUUAUUAGAUAAAUGUUUUAAUUCUUCAUCAAGUCCUUCUUCAUCUGAGCCAUCAUGUCCAUUAUGUUCCGAAAAAGAAAUCAAAACGGUUAAAAAGUGGCGUCUUUCAUCUAUACUUCUUUUUUCAAUUACUGUGUUUUUUACUAUUAUUAUAAUGUUGAUAUAUACUCAUUAUACUUAUCAUGUUCAACGUUCAUAUGUAUCUGUUAACUAA